AUUUGUGACGUAAUAACGUGGCGCCGGCUGGCUGAGCGACGCUUUGUUUUCGAACGCUCUUCCCUGUAUCUUCUAGUUUCCCGGCUGGAUUCCGUCCUCCGUUUUUCACGUAUUUUACUCAAGAAUCCCAUCUUCUUCGCUUUAUACAAACAGAUUUAACUUUCAUUAUAUCACCUAAUGAACAAUGGGAGUUCAUGGGCUUUGGAAGUUACUGGAAUGCACAGGAAGACCUAUAAACCCAGAAACACUGGAAGGAAAAAUUCUUGCUGUUGAUAUUAGCAUUUGGUUAAAUCAAGCUAUUAAAGGAGCAAGAGACCGCCAUGGAAAUUCCGUUCAUAAUGCGCAUCUCCUGACAUUAUUUCGACGACUUUGCAAACUGCUCUUCUUUCGGAUCCACCCCAUUUUUGUUUUUGAUGGAGAAGCUCCUCUAUUGAAGAGGCAAACUUUGGCUAAACGAAAGCAGCAAAAAGAAGCUGCAGCCACAGAUUCAAAGAAAACUAAGGAGAAGAUUUUGAAAACUUUCCUGAAACGACAAGUGAUCAAGACUGCUUUAGCAGGCAAAAGCAAUGCUGAAUUUCCUAGUCUUGCAGAAGUAAGAAGAGAAGAGGUGGAUGACGUUUAUGUGCUCCCUGCCUUACAAGAAGAUAAAAAAAAUAGCUCGGAAGAGGAAGAGGAAAAAGAGUGGGAAGAAAGGAUGACCCAGAAGAAAAUAUUGCAAGAAGAAUUGCUUGAAAACCCUCAUUCUGUAGAUGUUGAAUCAGACGAUUUCUUGAGCUUGCCUCCUGAAAUAAAACAUGAGAUCCUCACUGACAUGAAGGAAUUCACUAAACGAAGAAGAACAAUAUUUGAAGCAAUGCCUGAGGAAUCCAAUGACUUCUCCCGGUAUCAGCUCAAGGGUUUGCUUAAGAAAAGCAGUUUAAAUCGACACAUAGAAAAAGUGCAGAAGGAGAUGAAUGAACAACACUCUGGCCAAAUCCAGCACCAGUACGAAGAAGAUGGGGGUUUCUUGAAAGAAUUGGAAACCAGGAGGGUUGUAUCUGAAGAUACAUCUCAUUACAUCCUAUUAAAAGGUACAAAGUCCAAAGGAGAUACUUCUAGUUAUGUGGCAUCUGCAAUCCAUUCUUCUACAAUGCCAAAAGAUUUAAAACCUAGCAAAAAUAUUAACAACCUGCAAGUUAAGCCAGUCUCAUGUGACCUUUCAAUGGAAUCAACCAGUAGUACUUACUCAACACCCCCUUCUCCCAGAACAAUGCUUGCUAUCCAGGCUGCUAUGUUGGGAAGCAGUUCAGAAGAUGAGUUGGAAGAUGGAAACAAGAACCGCCCUAAUUUAGACAAGUGUGAGUCCAUGCCCAGUGUAGGCAGAGGUAACAUGUCUCCACGAACAAUCAAGGCUAUUCAGCAGGCAUUAUGUGAGGAGGAGGAGGAGGAGGAGGAGGAGGAGGAGGAGGAGGAGGAGGAGAUUAUCAAUAGGACUACUAUUACUCAAGGACAGAGAAAGUCCAUGAAGGACCAUCUUGCCAGCAGUUCAGAUGAAGGAGACCAAGUUCCUGAAGAUCAGAAUGAAAAACAACUUUUACCGGUACAGAAAUUGGAAAGUGGAAAUAUUAAAAAAAGCCCAUGCAUUCCUGUUGUGCAAAAAAGACUUUUGUCUGGGGCAGAAAAUGAAGAAAAAAGUGUGGAAACUAGGAUUUCUCAAACAGAUGUAAGUCCUGGACAAUGUCAGAGUCCAAACAGCAGGAUAAAGCAGCCAGAAAUUUCUUUGUCUCCAAUUCCUUCAGUUAGCUCAAGUCAUUCAGGAUUUGCACAGUUAGCCCAAACUGGAAGACUUCAGUGUUUAAAGGAAUUGGCUAGCCAUUCAGAAAAAAACAUAUCCAGUACACAGAAUGAAUUUUUGUUUGCUUUAGAUACUCCUAAACGUGAAGAGUGUUUGGAACAUCAAUCACAGUCUGAAGAAAGUGAUUCUGAUGGAAGUUUCAUUGAAGUAGAGACUGAACCAAGUGGUGAACAAGAUGGGACAUCUGAGACAUCGCUUGCCUCCGCUGAAGAGGAGGUUGGAGCGGUGGCUGAAACUUCAUUGGAAAUGAGAGAAGAGAGUGAGGGUGCUACAGAGAAUAAAUCAAAAAAUGGUGAAGAUGCAGAGCUUGCUAUGCAACAAAAUUCUGGAAUGGAAAGCACAGAGAAAACUGAAAUUAAUGAAUGGCAAAAUAUUAGUAUGGAGGAUUUGGAAGUCUUGGAAACAAACUUGUCUGUUGAACAAACAGCCCUUCAGGCUCAGAAACAGCAGCAGGAACGUACCGCUGCCACCGUGACAGGGCAGAUGUUCUUAGAAAGUCAGGAACUUCUGCGCCUCUUUGGCAUUCCAUACAUUGAGGCUCCAAUGGAAGCAGAAGCUCAGUGUGCUGUCUUGGAUCUUACUGAUCAAACGUCUGGGACAAUCACAGAUGACAGUGAUAUUUGGUUGUUUGGAGGACGUCAUGUGUACAAAAACUUCUUCAGUCAAAGCAAGUACGUCGAAUAUUAUCAGUAUGUGGACUUCCAAAAUCAGCUAGGCUUGGAUCGAAACAAGUUGAUUAAUCUGGCCUAUCUCCUGGGCAGCGACUACACUGAGGGCAUCCCUAAUGUUGGCUAUGUAACUGCAAUGGAGAUUUUGAAUGAGUUCCCUGGUCGAGAACUAGAGCCUCUCUUGAAACUCAUAGAAUGGUGGGCUGAGGCUCAAAAGAAUAAGAAAAUACGUCCCAAUCCAUAUGAUACUAAAGUGAAGAAAAAACUGCGGAACAUAGAAAUUGCUACUGGUUUCCCAAAUCCUUCUGUGGCGGAAGCUUAUUUGCACCCUGUGGUGGAUGAGUCAAAGGGAUCCUUUACUUGGGGAAGACCUGAUGUGGAACAAAUUAGAGAAUUUUGCCAAAGUCAUUUUGGAUGGACUAAAUUAAAAACUGACGAAGUUCUCUUUCCUGUUCUCAAACAACUGAAUAUUCAACAGACUCAACUGCGUAUUGACUCAUUCUUCAGACAGGCACAACAUGAAAAACAAGCCAUCAAGAGUCAGAGGCUUCGCCGAGCUGUGACUUGCAUGAGGAGAAAAGAGAAGGAAGAAGAAGACAGUGAAGUCCAGGAGGCAACUGCUGUCCUAGAAGAAGAAUUGAAACAGAGGAAAGGGCAAGCAUUCAAUAAAGGAAGGGCUGGAUGCCAGAGACGAGGAAGCAAACGGAAAAAAUGUCCACCAUCUGAGCAACCGAGCUUUCUGUGUGGUGGCUUCAUAGGAGAGGUUCUGCUCUCGGAGGCAUCCAGCGAGUCUUCAGCUGAUGAUUUGGAGAAGGAAGUUUCCAGAAAGCACAGAAGAGGGGAGGAUGCAAAGAUGCUCGAAACAAAAGUGGCAAGUCACAAAACAACUCUAGAAGUUGCAUCUGCACAAAGUGAAGCAGAGAGUAGCAGUGCCAGUGCAGAGGAGGAAAUGCAGAUGGUGACAGCCAGGCCAGUGUUUGAGGGCAAAAAAGCCCGAGGCAAGAGUUUAAGGAGAAGGUGGAAGAAAUAAUGCUAGCUAGAAACAUAUAUGGGGCUUUAAAAAUCAUCUCUGUGUUUCUCAACCUUGGCAACCUGAAGACAUGUGGACUUCAAGGCUGGCUGGGGAGUUCUAGGACUUGAAGUCCAUGCCUCUUCAAGCUGCUAAGAUUAAGAAGCACUGCAUUAUCUUAUAAAAUGCAUAAUAUUCUUUUCAUUAGAAAGGUAUUUUCCACUUUCUUUAUCAAUUUUGUAUAUAUUGUUACUGUUCACAUACUUAACAGCAUGAUAUGAAUGUUUAAAAAAAACCUUUUUUUUAAAAAAAGGUAAACAUCUGUUUUCUCCUCAAGAAAGUGUCUGCUAAAGUUUGUUAGCUUUGAGAAUUAUCUGAGAUAAUUUGUGACCUGUAUUGUUUUCAGAAGGAAAAUGAAUUCAAUUUAUGGUGCUGCUAAUUGACAUUAAGCUUCACACUUCAAAAAACAAAAAAAACAAUCAAAACCGCACAAGUGACCUACUGUUCAGAGCUUUUGUAGUUCAUUAGUAGGAAAUAAGUGGGACAACUGAAUUUCCUUCGUAUCUUGCCAUGCCACUUAUAUUAAACAUCAGUUUGUGCAUUUUGCGGUGCAAGGAAACUUUGAUGGAAAGAGGAGAGUUAAUCAUUUUGAUCUUGCUACAAGUGGAUAUUAAAUGAAAUGGAAAUGAGAUAUCAAACAAGGGGCAUAAAUAAAUUGAAGAAAAGCAAAGAAUAGACUCAAAGUUUAGAUCAGAUUUAAAUUUCAUUUUCUGUAUAGUUAAAUUAUGAAGCUUGCUGUGUCAAUCUUUUUGAUCUAAAAGAUCCCAAUAAAAAUGGAUGAAAAUACACUAAAUGAUUGGCAGCAAAAAAAUAAAAAAGAGUAUAUAUAGCCUAAUGAGAUUCCCAGGAUAAAAUUUAGAGAUCUGAGUUUCAAAAUGUGUUACAUAUAAUUAAGACCAUUUAUUAGAGUUUUUAAAUCAAGGGAGGUUUGAUUCCCAAAGUGAACAAGUUAAAGAGUGAUUAAAUGAGUGCAGAAUUCAAAGAGAAUGAUCAAUAUGCAACAAUAUCAAUGAAAUAAAUAUAUUUGGUCAGUAUUAUUCUCAGAGAAAAUUGGUUAUCAGAUUUUUUCCCCCUUUCCAUUCAAUCAUGUCUGAUUUUCAGAGACUGCUUUAUAAAUUCCUUCUUGGCAAGGUUUUUAAGAAGUGGUUCGCCAGUGCCUUCUUUCUAGGGUUGAGAGAAAGUGACCUUGCCCAAGAUCAUUGCAAGGUAGGAUUAGAAUUCACAGGCUCCCAGUUUCUAGCCUGAUGCCUUAGCCACUAGACCAAAUUGGUUGUCAUCAGAUCUUUUAAUGGUGGUAUAUUAUUUUAGCGUUGAUUAUCGGAAUAGACAAUUCAUUCUCAAAAUAUUCCUGAAAAUGCUAUAGUAAUACUUGAUCAUUUUUCUUAUGUGAUGUCAUGUCAUGUUGUAAAGUCUUAACAGUUGUGGGAAAUGAUUUACAAUAGAAUGAAAUAAAUGUUCCGUUCUAGCUUGUCAGAUUUUUGUUAAUAUUGCUAAACUUUAUAUUCCCAUAAUAAGGUAUACUGAAUUAGGUUUCUGGAUGUAAUAGCUACAAGAAUUCUGUAUCCCUCUGCAUGCCACCAACUGAAAAUACAAUUCCUUCCAUAGAAGAAUGAGAAAGCAAAUCGUAGGAGUAUGUUCUACUGUCUUAGGUUAACUCUGUUAGUCUAUUGUAGCAAAAAAAA